GACUUUCCCUGGAAGCAAAAUACACAUUUCUACAUCUUAAACCCUGAACCCCGCGGAAAAACAUUUUGCUUCCGGUUUUCACUUAACCCUGUUGCGUUCAUCCUCCGGAGUUGAAGCGUCUUCUCCUAGGGUGAAUUCCUUGAUCCCAGAUCUUAAGAAGAAAGUUGGUUGAGCCAAGAGAAAGGGAACUGACAAGAUGCCUCUUUAUGACUGCAUGCUUUUGUUGAAACCCCAUGUAACGAAGGAGGCAUUGUUGGACUUGGCUGCUAAAGUUGGGAAACAUGUUUACAGAAGAAAUGGGGUUCUUACUGAUAUCAAGUCAUUUGGACAAGUUCAAUUGGGUUAUGGCAUCAGGAAGCUUGAUGGGAGGUACUAUCAGGGCCGACUGAUGCAAAUGACAAUGAUGACACCGCCCAGUUUUAAUGAAGAGCUGCAUUACCUUAACAAGGAAGACCGAUUGCUUCGCUGGCUUCUGGUCAAACAUCGUGACAUGAAAUAUGGGCUGGACUUUCUGGGUGAAGGUGAUCCUAAAGCUGACUUAAGAAGAUAUGGGAGCAGUUUGCUUGACAAUGAGGAUGACAAGGAUGACAGUGAGGAUGAGGAUGAUGAUGAUGAGUAUGAUGCCGACCAAGGGCAUGAUAAUGAUGAGGAUGAUGAUGGUGAUGAUGAUGAUGAGGAUGAUGAGGAUGAGUAUGAGGCGGACCAAGGAGAGAAAAAGGAAGGCUAAAAUGAUUAUGCAUCUUAUUCAAAGUCUACAUGGCUGUUAGCUUUUGCAUUUUAUUUUAUUUUUUUUGAUUAUCUCAGGAGUCUUCUUUAUGCUGUUCAUAAGGUGUACGGGGCGGAAAUCACAUAAUGCUGACGUAUUAGUUCAAAAUGGAGCUGCUGGAACUAAUUUACAAGGAACUAAGCCCUUUCAAUGUACAAGGAGUAUAUGCCUAGUCCCUAAUUGAACGUAAUUUACAAGGAAUAUAUGCAGUUGGUAUGCCUACGUACUUUUCCUGCGUUUUAAUCUC